AUGUGGCUGCAGGAAUGUCACUUCCUAAAACAAGCUCAGUGUGCCGCUGCUUUUAAGUCACACGCUGUGCUGAAAAGACGUGUAAUAAGGAAACAACCCGGCAUCCACCACUUAAAAGACCGUGAGCGGAUGUUUUUUCCAGGCUGGGACACUCAGUUGCCUUCAUCUCAUCAAACAAAGCAGCCACCUGUGAGGUGUGAAAAAUUGCCUGUUCACCUACCCUUCCUGAAAGCCAGUGCCAAGGUCAGUGUUUCACAAGAGAAUAAUCAUUGCUUGAAAAAUGUCCAUAUAGUGCGUGAUGGACAGAUUUCUCAGAAUUGUGUCUCUUCUCAGACGUCCCAGAGUGUGGUGCCAACCUCUACUGUACCCAGUUUGCCCUUUUCCCUCAAGAGCAGUGUACAGCUGGACACUCCCUCUGAAUUAAAAGUGAUUGAGCACAAUGAGGAUCAAUACACCCUUAUAAGUCAGGGUGGUGUGGUAUCAGUGAAUAAGAAAAAGGUGGACUUCCUAACCUAUGAGCAAUGGGAGAAGCAGUACUACUAUCACUCAAAGCUUACCCGCAUCCCCUUGUUUGGCAACGCUUUCAAAGUCUGGCACUACAAAGUUCGAGCCAAGAGAUAUGAAAUGGCCAGGAGGUUCAUCAAAACUUCUUGUUUAUUGUGGAACAGGUAUGUGAGAGUGCGUAUAAAUAGAGGUCUGGAUCUUCUCUUAAUGUGUAUUAAUGAUGUUAAAUAUGGAAUAUUAUACUCCGUAAAUAUGUCCAAUGAGCCAAACAUCUUUUACUAUGUCAUACAGUGUCAACGUUGUGCACUGCUGCACAUCAGCAAAAUGUGUCAUCAAAUCGGUGACACAAGCUUGUGUCCCAUAGAGAAAAAACACACUUACACACUUAAGGAGUUCCAGGACAUCCAGUCAAAACAACUAGAGAAGGUGUUGAGUGACUUGAGCAAGUUUCAAGACCUGGUGAAGGAGGUGACGGUUUCUGCAUGCCAAAACUACGCCAUCAGAUUUGUGUACUUAGAAAAUGCCCGUGACACACACUAUCUAAUUCCAGUCCAAACCCUCUCUGCCCCUCACCUUCCCAGCUUCAUCCGUCUGGUUGACUAUUUGGUUAUUAACAGCGUACAAACCUUAGUCGCGAGUUCAGUGGCCAAACUACUGGCUGUGUUCUAAGAGCGCGUAAGUCAAACGCCCAGCAAUGCCGUUAUUCAGAGCUGGAGCCGAAGCUCUGAGGGUGACCCUUCUGAUGAACACAUGAGCCAAAAGUCGGAAACUCACUGCAGCCAGCCUGUGUUCAUCUCUGAGCUGAUGCUGGACCCAAAUGCCUUGACCUACAAACCCUCUGGGGAGGACUUUCACGUAUUAAGAAAAGAAGCUGGCCCUUGUUUGGAAUGGAUCUUGAAGAAGGAUGGCCGACUUCAGGGAAUCAUCCAGAAAAUCAAGGAUUCAUUCCAGUUUUCCUUUGACGCAGCAAAAGUGUACUCAGACACAUUUGAGCGUUUUCAUAUGUUCUAUAAAGAGUACGAGAGUCUGAAUCUGGAUGAUAUCCGGCAAAGAGAUCACGAUAUACCCUUUUUUGAAAAAGCACUGAAGUUACAGCACAGUGUGCAUAAGGAUGCCACAGCCUUCCAACAGCAAAGACACCUCGGCUUGCUGCCUGUGGACAAAACACAGCUCAAAACGAAGCUUGUGUAUUCCCAACUCUGCGGUAUGCAGAUCAUCAACGAGAUGCUUACCCUGCAGGCCAGGAGGAAGCUAGAUGCUCUCUUUGCUGAGGUUUGUGAUGCCUGGUGCAAACUUGAGUCCGGUGCCUCCACUAUAGCGAUAGCCGACUCCCUCACAUUUAUGGAGGAGAUUCAGAAGAGGGUAAGCCACACAUUUAACAUAUCCUCUCUCCUCUUCCAUUCCCUGUUCUCAUCUCUUCUCCUAUUCGACUGUUUUACUACACUCUCCCUCCACCACGGCUACAUUGACUCCCUGCACAGCAGUAUCAUUGAGGCAGAAUUUGAGAGGGACUCUAGCAUGGAGAAGCUCGGAAGCUCCCUGCAGAAAGAAGUUAAUGAGCUUAACCACAAGGUCCAGACAAUCAAGCUUAAAUCACAGGACCUCCUUGACAUCAAUGCAGAUUCCUCUAAAGUGCGUCUGCUGCUCGGGGGGAUCAAAGUCUCCAUAGACGAACUGCAGGCCCAGGUCCACGCCUACACCUCCUACCAGAAGCAACCAGGUCAACUUAUUCCCACCUCCCUCUUUAACUUCUGAUCAAUAAAGAUGGAGGUCAACAACUUUGAUGCCCUGGAGGAGGAAAUUGGCAAGUUUCGACUGAAACAGCAGCUGUCGGGCUGUCUAGAGAAAUGGGACUCUUUAUCAGAUGGAUGGACACAGCUACCUCUGAUCACUGAUCUACUUAACCCAAUAAUGAAGCCAGAACACUGGAAGACUCUGGAGUCUGUCAUGGGGAUCUCCCUGAAUAAGAAGGAGCUUACCGUGGCUGCUCCUCCGGAGGAGCUCAACAUCUUCUCCUAUGGCAUGAAGAUACAGGAGGUGUCAGCACAGGCUUCGGGAGAGGCAUCAGUGGAGCGCAUUGUUGCAAAGGUAGAGGAGGUUUGGAGGAAUACAGAGUUCACUGUGCUGUCUCACGGGGAUUCUAAAGAGAGCUUCAUCUUGGGAGGCACAGAGGAUAUCCAGGUCCUCUUGGAUGAAAGCAUCAUCAAUGUAGGCACUUUGUCAUCUUCUCGCUACGUGGCUCCCGUCAAGUAUAGGGUGGACAAAUUGCUGAGACAGCUGACCCUCUUCAACCAAACCCUGGAUGAGUGGCUUACAUGUCAAAGGAACUGGCUGUAUCUAGGGAGUAUUUUUGUGGCCCCAGACAUCAAAAGGCAGCUGCUAGCUGAGUCCAAGAUGUUUCAAAAGGUGGACAAGUCAUGGAAGGAGAUAAUGGCAAAGGCCUUGAAGCAGCCACACAGCCUGUCAGAUUCACAAAACUGUUUAUAUGAUGCAGAUCUGUUGGAGACUUUUCAAAACAACAACACUCUUCUGGAUGAGAUACAGAAGUGUCUGGCAGACUACGUGGAGUCCAAGAGAGUCAUUUUUCCCAGGUUCUACUUCUUAUCUAAUGACGAGCUGCUGAAGCUCUUGGCUCAGACAAGAAACCCCCAGGCAGUGCAGCCCCACCUUCUGAAGUGUUUUGAUGCCAUUACCCGGCUAGAGUUUGCUUUGCAACCCAAAUCUUCUGGGACCAAAAAAGGAACUAUGCUGGCUUUUGGAGAACAGGAAACAGUCUACAGGCAAGACAUCCUGAACAUGGUUUCCCCCUGAUGGAGAGAAGGUGAGGUGGCUUUGACUAAAGGUCUUAAGGCACAAGGCAAUGCAGAGGAUUGGCUUUGCAAGGUGGAGGAGGCUAUGUUCAACUCGUUGCGCUCCCUCAGUAAGGCUGCCAUCGCUGACUACCAGGUGAAGUCUAGAGAGGAAUGGGUGGUGGCCGGACAUCCAUCGCAGGUGGUGCUGACCAUCUCCCAGUUGAUGUGGUGCAAAGACAUGGAUGCUGGCCUGGAUGGAGACCACGACCACUUUGCUGCCUUGCAGGAAUUUAAACUGACUAACUUUGAUAGGCUGAAUGCCUUGGCGGCAUUGGUUCGAGGACAGCUGCCUACUUUGCACCGUAAUAUCAUCACUGCCCUCAUCACCAUCGAUGUCCAUGCCAGAGAUAUUGUCACAGAUCUAGUCCGCCAGAAGGUGGAUAACGGGGAUAACUUUGAAUGGCAGAGGCAGUUGCGCUACUAUUGGGACCUGGACCAGGACAACUGUGUUGCCAAAAUGGCUCUGUCCACUUACAUUUACGGCUAUGAAUAUCUGGGAGCCUGUCCUCGACUGGUUAUAACACCGCUCACGGACCGUUGCUAUUUGUGUCUGAUGGGGGCUCUCCAAUUAGACCUUGGAGAAGCACCAGCCGGGCCAGCAGGUACGGGCAAAACAGAGACCACCAAGGACUUGGCUAAGGCCCUGGCCAUUCAGUGUGUGGUCUUCAACUGCUCAGAUGGACUUGACUACAAGGUCAGCCAUGACACACCGCUUCUGUAUCUAAACAUAUUUUGUUACCACAUGACACACACACAUGUUGCAUAUGCCUCUCCAGCCACUGUCAGUCGCUGUGGGAUGCUAUAUAUCGACCCAAAUGAGCUCAAAUGGAUGCCUUAUGUCCAGACAUGGAUCAAGGGUCUAGGAACCAAGUUCCCAGGCACAGUGAGCACAUACCUGCUGGAGUUGUUUUCGCUGUAUGUGGAGAAGGGUCUUCAGUUCGUUGUGAAGUACGGUACCCAGGCGAUUCAACAGGUGGACAUCAGUAAAGUGACCACUCUCUGCUCCCUGUUGGAGGCACUGCUGUUGGACAAAGGCGGCCCAGACUUUCAAAUGUCAGUGGUGGAUCGGGGCCUUCUUAACGGUAUUCAGGAAAGGGCAGGAUACCUCCCAGUCUACAUUAACUUCUCGUCUCAGACCUCAUCUGCCCGCACUCAGGAAAUUAUUGAGUCCAAACUGGAGAAAAAGAGGAAAAACAUUAUGGGUGCUCCUGGUAACAAGAAGUUAGUGGUCUUUGUGGAUGACCUGAAUAUGCCGGAUGAAUAUGGCUCUCAGCCCCCUAUUGAACUCUUGCGUCAAUUCCAGGACUUUUCAGGCUUCUAUGACAGAACCAAGUUCUUCUGGAGGAAGAUCCAGGAAAUGACCAUUACCGCAGCGUGUGCUCCUCCAGGAGGGGGGCGCAAUCAGGUGACCCCCCGUUUCAUCCGCCACUUCGGUAUGCGGUGUCUUCCCACACCGUCGGAACACAGACUCAAGCAGAUCUACAAAGCCAUCCUGAACGGUUUCUUUAGGGAAUUUUCCCAAGCGGUGAAGGACUCUUCUGGUCAGAUUGUUGAUGCAGCAAUGGAGAUUUACAACCGCUUGAGCGUCCAUUAUGUCUUCAAUCUCCGGGACCUCUGCAAGUGUGUCCAAGUGCUGAAUUCUUUUUGUCGAUCUUCUAGGAUCUCCCGUAUGAUUCGCCAGGGGGGAGGCAAUGCACGGCUGGUGGGGGUGGGAGGUACAGGUAAGCAGUCCCUCACUCGGUGCUCCCACAUGUGUGGGUACCGCUGCUUUGAGAUCGAACUGAGCCGAGGCUACAACUACGACAGUUUCCAUGAAGACCUGAGGAGGCUUUACAAGAUGGCAGGUGUGGAGUACGAGGACAUGGUGUUCCUGUUUACAGAUACUCAGAUUUUGGUGGAGGAGUUUUUGGAAGACAUCAACAAUAUGCUUAACUCUGGCGAGGUCCCCAACCUCUUCGAGAAAGAUGAGCUGGAACAAGUGCUAGCAGCUGUCCGCUCUAAGGCCAAAGAAGCUGGAUUCAGUGAGGAAAACAGGGAUGAGGUAUUUCAGUAUUUCAUCUCUUGUGUACGGGAGAAGCUGCACAUUGUGUUGUGUAUGAGUCCUGUGGGCGAUGCCUUCAGGUCCCGAUGUCGUAUGUUUCCUUCACUGGUUAACUGCUGCACCAUUGACUGGUUAGUGCAGUGGCCUCGUGAGGCGCUGCUCUCUGUCUCUCAGGUCUUCUUCCAGAAUGUGGAUUUUGGCAGUGAGGAGCUCUCCGCCAUGUGCGUGGAUGUACACAUCAGCGUCACAGACAUGGCUGAGUGCUUCUACUCAGAGCUAAGACGCCGAUGCUACACCACGCCUACAUCCUAUUUGGAGCUCAUCAAUCUCUAUCUGUCCAUGCUCAAGAAAAAGAGACAGCAGUUAGUUAUUGACAGGAAUCGGGUGAAGAAUGGUCUGACCAAACUGCUGGAGACUAAUAAGCUUGUGGACAAAAUGAAAGUGGAUCUGUCUGCUCUGGAGCCAGUCCUUAAACAAAAAUCCAUUGAUGUUGACGCCCUAAUGGAGAAACUGGCCAUAGACCAGGAUAACGCCGACGAGGUGCGUAAAGUAGUGUCAGAGGAUGAGGCUUUGGCCAAGGUCAAAGCUGACGACACCCAUGCCAUAGCCAAUGAUGCCCAGAGGGAUUUGGAUGAGGCUCUGACAGCUCUGGAAGGCAAGGUGUUCACCAGGCCUCCAGACGUGGUCAUGACCGUAAUGGAGGCCGUCUGCAUCCUGCUAUCCAGCAAGUUAGUGUUCUUUUCUCUCUCUUCAAAAAAGUUUCUACCUCAAAUAUUUUAUUAUAUGUCUAAAGUACCCGUCAAAAGUUUGAACACACAUUCUCAUUUUAUUUCCACCAUGCCUCAGGUUACAUCGGAGACCAUAAAGUAUCGUCUGGAGGAGGCAGAAGCCACUGAGCUGAUGAUCAACUCUGCAAGGGAUCGUUACCGACCCGUGGCAACCCGAGGCUCAGUCUUGUACUUUGUCAUUGCCAGUCUUUCUGAGAUUGAUCCAAUGUACCAGUUCUCGCUCAAUUACUUCAAACAGGAAACAGAGUACACAGGCCUCUUUACCUCCACCAUUGAAACGUCAGAGAAGAGCAGCGUGUUAGAAGAUCGUCUCCAGAUCCUGCUAGAGCAGAUCCUGCUCAACUCCUACAUCAACGUGUCCCGUGGCCUCUUUGAGCAGCACAAGCUUAUUUACAGCUUCAUGUUGUGCAUAGAAAUCAUGAGGCAGCGUGGGGAGAUUUCUGAUGCCGAGUGGCAGCACUUCCUAAAAGGAAAUGUCUGUUUGGAAAAGGUCUAUGCAGAUCGCCCAGAUGUGUCGUGGCUCAAUGACUUUUACUGGCGGACGUGUUGCGAGCUGCAGGACACAUUGCCUUGCUUCAAGGGCAUCUCCAAGGAAAUCACCACCACUCACAUCUUCAUCGAGCUAGGACGUUUCCAAGCAUCUGUUAAUCCAAAGACCUGGGAGGGCUAUGUGUCAGAGUUGGGUCCUCUUGAGGAGUCUAAAGAAGUGAAGCAAGGGAGUGGGAUCAGAGGUCACUGGAAUAAAAGGUUGGGGCCCUUUCAGAAGCUAAUCUUGAUCAAGAGUUUCAUCGAAGAAAAGGCGGUGUUUGCAGCAACAGAGUGUGUGAUUGUCAGCCUUGGUAAACAGUAUUUAGAGAACCCUCCAGUAGACUUGGCAAACCUCUACAAUGACACGUCCCCUUCCAUACUACUGGUCUUCUCCCUCAGCACAGGCUCUGAUCCUAUGGGUGCCUUCCUGCGCUCUGCAAAAGGGGCCUUCACAGAGAUCUCCAGCAUUUUUGAAGACCACGUUCUGGGAUGCCAGUGGAGGAAGAUCAUCUUUGGAAUCUGCUUUUUCCAUGCAAUCAUCCAGGAGCGAAAGAAGUUUGGUCCACUGGGCUGGAACAUUCGCUAUGAGUUUAAUGACAGUGACAGGGAGUGUGCCCUGCUCAACCUCAACCUCUACUGCAAAGACGGCACAAUCCCUUGGGACGCCCUCAUCUACAUCACUGGGGAAAUCACAUAUGGGGGCAGAGUGAUGGAUGCUUGGGACCAGCGCUGCCUCAGGACAAUCCUCAAAGGCUUCUUCUCCCCUCAAACCUUGAAGCCUGGUUACGCUUAUUCUGACUCUGGUACCUACUAUGCCCCAGAUACAGACGAACUAGAGCAAUAUAAGAAAUAUAUUGAGAGUCUUCCAACUAUAGAUGAUCCUGAGGUCUUUGGCAUGCAUGAGAAUGCCCAUCUGGCCUUCCAGCGUCAAGAAACCAUGACUCUCAUCAGCACCAUUCUUGAUGUAAAUCCUCGCUCAUCAGCCCACCAUGGAGCUAAAAGCAACGAUGACAUGAAUCUUACUAAAACCUUAUCUACUGCAGUUUUUCCAAUGUGUUCUUGUCUGGAUAUGGACAUGGCAGUUGAAACUCUGUUUGUGCGGGAUGAAAAGAACCGCCUUAACUCCCUGACAACUGUGUUGGGCCAAGAGGUAGACUCAUUCUCAAAAGUUUUGCAAAGUAAAAAAGUUGAGUAUAUUACCCUAGUAGGAAGGGGCAGAGGACUUGUGGUGAUGUCAGAAGAGAUGGGCCGCACAUACACAAGCUUCCUGAACAACCAGGUUCCCACCAACUGGGCAAACUCUGCCUACCCCUCCCUCAAACCCUUGGCAUCCUGGGUCAGAGACCCUGAGACACACACACUGACUUGAUAGAGAAAUCUCAGUAUGUGUGUGCGUACUUGGAUCACACGUGGUCAGCCCAAAUCUUUCUGGAUAUCAGGAUUCUUCUUUCCUCAAGGAUUUCUUACAGGGGUGCUUCAGAAUCACGCCAGUCACCACAAUCUGCCCAUCGAUGAGCUCAACUUCCGCUUUAACAUAGUGCCAGUGGGCAGGAAUGAUCUCCUGUAUCGGCCCUUGUGACAGCCGAGCCAACAGUUACCGGAGCGGGAAAACAGUGUCCUCGUGCACGGCAUGUUCAUGGAUUGCUGUCGCUGGGACGCUGACAACAUGGUGAUUGAGGACGCGUUACCUCGUGUGAUGAACGCCAUGCUGCCGGUGGUGCAUUUUGAGCCACAGCAGAAACACGUGCCUGAGCCUGACCUCUACCACGCACCUCUGUACAAGACCUCAGCCAGAGCUGGGACUCUGUCCACCACAGGUCACUCAACUAAUUUUGUCGUGACAGUAAUGCUUCCCUCCAAUCGACCAAGCGACUAUUGGAUAUCAAAAGCCUCGGCUCUUGUGUUUUUAUUUAAAGAAAAAAAGGAAUAUGAAAUGUGACUGAUAUGUUUGCUUUUGCACAACUUUGAAGUUACACUGAACUUUUGUGGAAUUAUUCAUUAAAAAAAAUCUGAUACAAUCUAUGCUGAAUGUGCACUUAGGUCACAGUGUAACACACACUUCCCGAGCCAGCCCCCAAUGAUCCUUAGAGUUGUGUAUCCGUGGAGAAUAACAUACAGAUAACAAAGCAGCAAAGUUUAAUCCUGCUGACACUUAAAUCCAGAUAUUUAAAGAAGAAUCAUUCAGUGUAAACAAUAUAAAGUAGAAUCCCAUCAUGGAGAGCUCCAUUCGUGCUGUUUGGUAAGUCAUAGGAUGAGUGGGAAAAUCACAGUACACGUGUAGCCUCAGGCAGAGAGGAGACGGAGGGAUGUACGGCAGAGUAGAUAAAGUAGAUGGAUAACCCAUGUAUGGCCAGACACACAGAUGUUAACGGGGCCUUAGGAGUGGUGAGUGGGGGUUGAGCCAGAAGGAGUGAUGAUCAUCAAAUGAUGAAAUGUUUCCACCACAACCCCCGCACACAUCCGCAGCCUAUUUGUGUCACUUAGGGCAUGCGGUGCAAACACAUAAAAUAUGUCUUUUGAAACACAUUAAGUAAACCCACUGCAGUGGUGCGGCACGAUGUGGAAACAGUCAAUCUCUGUCGCACAUAUUGUCUCAUGCAACCCUUACUGCUCCGAUAGAGGCGAAGCAGGAAUGGGUUACCACCAGUACAGACUAAAACCUACUCAUAUUAGACUGCCUGCUUAAUCCGUCUGAUUUUGUGCAGGGUUUAGAUCCUUUGAAGGGGCGUUACAGUACGUUUGAUGAAGAGGUUUCCCUUAAGCAGUUAAUGGUGAUGAGUUGUCUGGCUUUAUGGGGCCAUCAUCAGGACAUCAUCAGACGUCAAGCCUUUCUAUUUUUAAUAAUCUCACCUUGAAAUGACAAUGCAAACAGUAAAUCUGCAGCAGAUGUCAACAAUAAACUCCCAGUCAUUUGCAGUAAAAAUGAAUUGCAGUAUGUUCCUGUAGAAUAACUACAAUAUCAAUUAACAUCAGCCAUGUAUAAUUCUGAGGGCUACAGGUAUCUGCAUUAUUAUAGAAAUUAUGCAACAUAAGCAAUCAACAACCACUUAGAAAAUGUAUAAAUCAAACAAACUUUGACAUUGAACCGUCAUCAUAAAUUCUGGUACUGUAAAAACACGAGGGACAGAGAAUUUGAGUUGUCCCAUUUAAAGUCAAGGUGUAGAGACAUGUGUAUUGAUAGUCGUGGACGUCUUCUGGACGAUCACACCCGUCUUCUUGGAGACAAUCUUUUCCCCCAAUGGUCUGUGUCUCUCUGGAGCAACACCUAUGAAGCAUCUAAAAUCAAAAUAGUCUAAGAUCAGAGACUGGAUGAAAAGCUGUUGGAAACACCUUUUAAUCAUAAGGUGUCAUCUCAAUUAUGCUAAAUUAUGUUAAGUAUGCUUAUUUGUAUU